AUGGUUGUAUCCAGACAAUUCGUCACCGAUAUAGUCGCAACACUGGAUGAUUUGAAGCCAAGUCUUGUCAAAGAAGUUGCUAAGGCUUUACUGAAUAUUGUGCAAUCACGUCUAAUUUCUUACGAAGAACAAGUAACGCAACUGCGUUUUCGACUAGCUGAUUUGUACGAAGCAGAUGGUGAAAGUGGCGAAGCAGCGAAAAUACUUAUGGCUAUACCUCUGGAGACAGGACAAAGGACUUACUCUCCAGAACUGAAAAUGCGUACGUACUUGAGGAUAGCGCAGUUAGCAUUGGACUAUAAAAAUUCAGACGAGGCGGAGAGUUUUGUUAAUCGCGCUUCAAUGUUGUUCAAUGAUGUUUCGAAGGAUAACGAGCUCAUUAUGAUGUAUAAAUCUCUGUACGCGAGAGUAUUGGAUCAUCGGAAGAAAUUCAUUGAAGCUGCACAACGAUAUUAUGAUCUUUCUUUGUUCCAAAAUAUGCUCAUUUCCGAGAAAGCACAAGCACUUACGAAUGCCAUUUCUUGCACUGUUUUGGCUUCACCAGGUGUGCAGCGAUCUCGUAUGUUAACAACACUUUAUAAAGAUGAACGCUGUUCCAGCUUAGCUGCAUAUAGUAUACUACAAAAAAUGUAUUUCGAAAGGCUGAUUCGAAAUGAUGAGGUAAUGGAAUUUGAAAAAUCGCUAUCGUCGCAUCAACGAAUUACUCGUGGCGAUUGGAGUCUUCUUCAGCGAGCCGUCAUUGAGCACAAUUUUACUGCAGUGAGCAAAAUUUUCACCAAUAUUUCAUUUGAACAGCUUGCUAAACUCCUCAACAUUGAUUGCACUCAGGCAGAGAAAUUGGCGCGGCAAAUUAUCGCUGAUGGACGUGUUGCAGGCACCAUCGAUCAAGUCGACGGAAUUGUACACUUUACUCAUAUUACGGAUGAAGAUGCGGUACCGGGAAAGGAAGCUUUAGCAGAAUGGGACCAACAUAUUGCUGGACUUUGUCAAGACGUGAAUAUUGUCACUGAUAUGAUCAUUCAGAAACACAAAGUAUGGGUGGAUGCAC